GAAGAUGGCGACAAUGCGAGAGGUUGAUACAGCAAUGUGGCUCCAUAAUAAGUUGUCUAGCGACGAUAUGUGGUCGGGAACUAAUAUCUGGUCAAUGUUAACAACUCAUGUACUAAGAAAUAUACAAGAUUGUUUCCAUACAUUAAACUCUCAUGUUAAAAUUAAACUGCUCAUGUCGUUUCUCUAUAUCCCGAGAAGAAGUGCACAGGAGAUGAGUUCAGAAUUAAAUGAUAUUUUAGAAAUAGGCUCAAGUGAUUCAGAUGAUUGGGUGAGAAUUCUUUCGGAGAUAUUAAGAAAUUAUCCAGAAACAGGAAACCUUAACGUUGAUCUAGAAAAUGUUAGUCCUGUGUUUGCCUCGAUUGUUCAAGACAUCAGACAAACGAUGAGUAACAGCAAAAAUCAAUCAAAUUUACUACCAAUGGAAUGUCCAUAUUUGAACAGAGGAGCUUUACUUGCAACAAUUGGAGCUCAACCAGCACCAUCUAAACAUUUUACAUUGAGAAGAAAACCUAAAUCUGCUGCUUUGAAGGCUGAACUAUUUCAGAAAGCAACAGAAUCGUCAUCUGGUCUGAAACGUUCUCAUUCUUUAAUCGCUGGUUCAACCGGUAAUUUGAAAAGAUCUGACAGUAUUGGUAAAUCUCCAGUGAAACAGAAUAUUCCACUUGCUCGAGUGCACAGUAAAACAGCACCAAGUGCAGGAACGUCAGCGCUACGUAGUCUUUCAGCUGCUUCACUUAAACAGCAAAAUAGAACAGCAAAGUUGUUAGACAUUAAUGAGCAGCCCAUUGGAGGUGGGGUGAGAGAAGCGAAACGCAGAAAGAAGUUGAUAACAGCUGAAAUGGAGCAGUUAUUGGAAGAGGACAGAAAGAAGAAAGAAUUAUCUAAAGCACAGGAAACCGCUACACCAGAAUACGCUAUUGGACUAACCAAUCCAUCAGAGACACCUCAAUCAACUGCAAGCUCAACACAAGCAACAACUACUACACCAUCGUAUGCUUCAAUGGCUGGACUUAAUACUCAUCUUCCGACGAGCAAACCUGAUACACCCUCACAAGAUACCACCUUGACAGCAAGUUCUGCAAACUUUAGCCAGGAGCUUCAGAUGCACAUUGAAAGAGAACGUCAGAACCUGCAGAAGCUUCGUCAUUUGAAUGCAACUGGAGGACAACAAAACACCACCGCCCAAACUUCAACUUCGUUUAAAUCAGUUUCGCUGCAACCACCAUCACAACCAAGUGCUCCUCCUCGACGUCCGACGUUACCAAAUCAACCUGUUGCCUCUGACCCGCCAAAACGAGACCUCAAACUAACGCGUGAUCAAAUGUUAGCAGCUCAAGAGAUGUUCCGUGAUGCUAAUAAAGUCACUAAACCAGAAAAGGCAUUGAUUCUAGGGUUCAUGGCUGGGGCCAGAGAAAACCCAUUUCCAGAUCAGGGUCCAGUGAUAACAGUGAAAUUGAGUGAACAUACAGAAAUAAGUACUUCAGUGAACCCCCCACAAACACAACUUGUUGAAAUGUUGUUUGAAAUGAACUAUGAUACUGGACAUUGGAGAAGAUUGAAACGUACACGUGUUGUCGCUAGGCAACAACAGCCUGUAGAACUAGGUAGUCAACAAUGAACUCACAAUAUGAACUCAAUGAUACUCACAACCUCGUACCCAGGGUUUCACUGAUCCGCGGACUGACAAUUAUAAAUGAUCGAAUUUAAUUUAUAACGAAACGUCUCCAUGCGUGCGGUUUUAGCAUGUAAUUUCCAAAGACGAAAUAUGUUCUAUGGAAACCAAAGAGUUUCGACUACAGCAGCAUCUGACAGACCAAAU